GGAUUUAUGUGGCGGACAAAUAACUACCACUUCCUCAAAAACUUAUCAGUUACUACUGAAGAAAACUUCCAUGGCGAGCUUUUGCUUCAACCCCACUAGACUCAGAACCCCAACGGUUCAAUCCCAUAAAUCCAUCUCCAACUCCAACUCUCUCGCAAAACCCACCAAAAUCUCAUACAGUUUCUCCAUAAAUCACUCAAAAAAUUGGCAAAGAUUGGAACUUUUUCGACCCAAUUCAGUGUCGGAAAGCUCACUUUCUGUUGAGCAAGAAGAAGUGGAAUUCGAUGAUGAAGAAGAGAAAGAAGAUCCAACUGCUGAAUUGAGCUAUCUUGAUCCGGAAACAGAUCCCGAUAGUAUUUCUGAAUGGGAAGUGGAUUUUUGCUCAAGACCCAUAUUAGAUAUCAGAGGGAAAAAGGUUUGGGAGCUAGUAGUUUGUGAUGAAUCUCUGUCUUUACAGUUCACAAAGUACUUUCCUAACAAUGUGAUCAACAGCAUUACUUUGAAAGAUGCUCUUGUUUCGAUUAGUGAUGAUUUGGGCGUCCCUUUACCUGAUAAAAUCCGCUUCUUCAGGUCACAGAUGCAGACCAUUAUAUCAAGAGCGUGUAACGAGCUUGGUAUAAAGCCAGUUCCUAGUAAAAGGUGUCUGUCACUGCUACUGUGGUUGGAUGAACGUUACGAAAGUGUAUAUACUCGACAUCCUGGUUUUCAGAAAGGAUCUAAGCCACUUCUUGCAUUAGAUAACCCUUUCCCAAUGGAACUUCCGGAAAAUCUUUUUGGGGAGAAAUGGGCUUUUGUCCAAUUACCAUUGUCAGAUGUAAAGAAGGAGGUCUCAUCCUUAGAAACAAAACUUGUAUUUGGUGCAAGUUUAGACUUGGAUUUACUGGGAAUUGAACUUGAUGAAAACACACUUAUUCCAGGACUAGCUGUUGCUUCUUCACGUGCUAAACCAUUAGCAGCUUGGAUGAAUGGAUUGGAAGUGUGCUCCGUAGAAGUUGAUGUAUCCAAGGCAAGCUUGAUUCUUUCAGUUGGUAUUUCUACGCGUUAUGUCUAUGCUAGAUAUAAGAAAACCCCAACGACAACAAAUGAAGCCGAAGCUUGGGAAGCAGCUAAGAAAGCUUGUGGAGGUUUACACUUCCUUGCUAUACAGGAAGAGUUGGAUUCUGAUGAUUGUGUUGGGUUCUGGCUUCUACUAGAUUUACCACCUCCACCUGUAUAAUUUUAAGAAUUUCUCAAAUAAAAAGUUUACUAUAUCAAUUUCUUUUC